AUGCGAAGAAAACAAUCAUCAUCUUGCUUUGAUCCAUCAUCACACAAAAAAGCCAUGUGUUGCGAUUUCGAACAUUCGAAUGGAAAUCUUAUAAACGAUGAACAGCAACAAACAAGCAAAAGAAAAUUUUACUCUUCCUCCUCAUCGGAAGAAGAAGGAAAAUCUGUGAACAAUGAAGGUCCUACAAAAAGGAAAAAACAAUCCUCGAAUUUAAUCACUGAACACCCUAAUAAUUCUACAUCUCAGCUCAGAUUGGACUACCAACUCGGUGAUGAUAUGAUGUGUCUUGUUCUGUCUUUUCUUGAUCAGAGUUUCCUUGUCCACACAUGCAUGAGAGUCUGCAAGUAUUGGUAUGAACGAGUACUUGUUAUUCCUUUAACUUUAUCAAUCAAUGAUCAAGAUGAUGCUCUUUCAACGAUACAAAGAAUUGUAUCCAAUCAAAAUACGUUCAACUUUGCACAUCUCUCUAUUUCAAACAAGACAAAUAACCCAAUUGAAUUGAUUAGAUUAAUAACUAGAAGUAACAAAUUCAACAAUAUCAGAUCAUUGAGAAUGAGUGACAUUGAACUUGGAAAUGAAGAAAUUUCUGAAAUUGCUUCAGGAUGUUUCAAAUCAUUGACGGAACUGACGUUAGAAGAUUUAAAACGGAAUAUUGACGAAGAGGGUAUCAAUAUCCUUGCAAAUAGUGUUCACAUGAAAGAAUUGCAUGUCCUGAAUCUAUCAACAGAGUUUGGAGAUUAUGCUAUACAAGCACUCUGUAACAAUGAAUAUAUCAAAAAUCUUAAAACUUUGAGUUUAUUCGGUUGUAAUGUGAGCGAGGAUGGAAUUACUAUGCUCACUAAUGGCACCUCAUUGAGCACUUUAACCAGUUUGAACUUGGGAUGUAAUGAAAUUACAACCACUGGAGCUAAAUUAUUAUCUAAAUGCCCAUAUUUAAAAAAUCUUACUGUUUUUGCUGUUGGAGGAAAUGAUAUUAUGGAUGAAGGAGUGUUAGCCAUUUGUGAAAGCGAAUUUUUGAGAAAUAUUACAAAUUUAAGUUUGGAAGACAAUGGAAUUACUGAAAAAGGCGUCGCUAUUUUGACAAAAAACACUUCCAACAUGAAUAAUCUAACCAGUUUAUGGCUUGAUGAUAAUUCAAUCACAGCUAGUGGAGCCAAAUUAAUUGCAACAAGCAAGACCAUGCAAAAUUUGGAAAUUCUUUCUUUACAAAGGUGUGACAUUGGUGAUGAUGGUUUGAUGGCCAUUUGUAAAAGUGAUUUUUUGAAAAAAUUGAUAACGCUACUGUUGGACAGUAACAACAUUUCAACACAAGGUGUUUCAUAUAUAAUCUCGAGCUCAUUUUGUAACACGUUGGAAGAGCUAUCACUGUGUUUUAACAGAAUUGGCCAUGCAGGAGCACGUUUAUUAUCAACAGGAUCCUUUCCAAAUCUAAUGUCGCUAGAUUUGUCGAAUUGUGGAAUUGGCGAUGAUGGCAUUUCCUACAUUGCUAAUAGUCCAACAUUUAAGAAGCUGGAUGUGUUAGAAAUAUCGAACAAUAAUAUAACUUGUGCUGGUGUUGGUGCCAUUUGCAGUAGUUUAUACUUGACGAGAUUGUCCAGUUUACACUUGGCAAGCAAUUCCAUCAGCUAUGAAGAUAUUCGUUUAAUCGGCAACAAAUUGAAGAAUGUGAAAUUUUUAAGCACCUCCGGAUUUUCAACUCCUAAACUACGUUCUAUUUUAUCGGAAUGCCUUCCCGGUUGCUAUUUAUUAAAUAUGAAUGAAUAUGAGCGUGAGGGUGAGGAUGAGGAUGAAGAUUGCAACUCGACUUUGUAA